AUGGCACUAAUUUUGUUCGCGGGAUAUCUCGAAAAUGCAGAAGUCUCGGUUGAUGCUUUCUCUAUUUGCAUGAAUAUAUUGGGCUGGACCAUCAUGGUGUCUUUUGGCAUGAACGUUGCCAUAAGUGUGAGAGUCUCAAAUGAAGUUGGAGCAACUCACCCAAGAACAGCAAGAUUUUCACUGGUGGUUGCGGUGAUUACGUCGAUUUUCAUCAGUCUCUUGUUGGCUCUUGUUUUGAUCCUCUCGCGGGACAAGUACCCUGCCCUUUUUACCAAUGAUGCAGAAGUGGCGGAUCUAGUUAGGGAUUUAACACCAUUAUUGGCCUUCUGCGUUGUCAUUAAUAAUGUUCAACCCGUUCUUUCCGGGGUGGCCAUUGGGGCUGGAUGGCAAGCUGCUGUGGCCUAUGUGAACAUUGCAUGCUAUUAUCUAUUUGGAAUUCCAAUGGGUCUUAUAUUGGGUUACAAGGUUAACUUGGGAGUCAAGGGAAUUUGGUGUGGAAUGAUGUCAGGGACUAUAUUGCAGACAUGUGUACUUUUGGUAAUGGUUUACAAAACUAACUGGAACAAAGAGGCCUCCCUUGCUGAAGAUAGGAUAAGGAAUUGGGGUGGUGGCCAAGAUGUGACUGAAACCAACAUUGAAAACAUAGAACAGACAUGA